AUGAACUCAAAUUGGUCAAUCACAAAAGGCAAUCUAAAUACGCGAUCAUCAUAUCUCAACCUUGAUGACUCCCCUCCCUCAUUAUCAGCAGAUCAAUACGAUGAUGAUUAUAUAAAUAUAUUAUUACAUAAUAAUAAUCAUAAUAAUAAUAAUAAUAAUAAUAAUAAUAAUAAUAAUAAUAAUAAUAAUAAUAAAAAUAAUAAUAAUAAUAAUAGUAACACCUCAACAACAACAAUAAUAGAACCAAUCAUUCAACUAGAAAACAAAUUGAAUUGUACUGAUCCAUGUACUUUAAGCUUUCAGUUUGAUAUCUUUGUCGAUAUUCAUCACAUAUUGGUUAUUUCAUAUUCUCGCAUAGUUGAAUUAUAUAAACAACAACCAACAACAAAUGAAUACGUUGGCUCUCAAAGAGGUACUGUUAUAAACUCUAAACAUUUGAAUCAAAAUGUUAGUAUUGUAUCUUUGAAAUGUAACUUGCUUCAAUCAAAUUCAAUUUCUUUCAAGUUUUGUUCACUAUUAAAUCGAGAAAGAAAUGAUAUCUACUUUCUUCAAAUCUAUGGAAAACCAUCGAAAUCACCCAACAACACUAAUCAACAACCAUUACUAAAUAGUGAUGAAGGAAGAGGUCUCAUGGCCAUAAUGGCUUUGAUGGCCAAACAAUCUUCAUUGUCACCAAUUCCAUCUUCUUCUUCUUCUUCUUCUUCUUCUUCUUCUUCUUCUUCUUCUUCUUCUUCUUCUUCUUCUUCUUCCUCUUCUUCUUCUUUACCAACACCACCAACAACUAAAAACCUGCCACUAAAACAACAACCUCAACAACAACAACAACAACCCAUUACAGAACAACAACAACUACAACAACAAGUACAAAAUCAUAUUAAUAAUCUAACAUUGGCAUACAAACAUGGACUUUUACCAAAGGGUCAAUUAAAGGAACAUCUUGAAAUGAUUUUUAAAUCAAAUUCAGAAGUCUACUUUGAGAGAAUAGAAGCAAUAGAUGCACAAAAAAUACCAAAACUAACAGUUACAUUUAAUCUAAAAGAGAUCUUGGAAAGGACAUGUAUUUUGAAAGAUUUGAUUACCAGACAGCAAGAAGAAAAAAGUCUUGAUGAAGAUAGUUUUGGUGAUGAAAAGGUGCAAGAUGACGGUAGUGAUGAUGAACAAGAGGAUUGUUUUCCCAAACCACAAGAUUACAUAGAAUUGUUACUUUUAAAAUUUGAUUCACUUGAAACAAAAAUGGACUCACUAGACAGGAAAAUGGAUUUGAUUAUUAAAAGAAUCGAUAACUUGGAGAAUAAUAGAUCAACUAAAUAA